AUGAACUCACACCCUAAUCACCAGUCCAACCUGGACGAUAGCCCUCAACAGAACAACAGGCGCCGACUUGCCUUUAUAGACCAUCUCCCGACUUUCAGACAGUAUGUACAGGACACAUGGCUCGACUUACUGGUUGUUAUUUGCGUGGGAGCGCUGGCAUUAGGAUUAAACUCGGCCGACAAUGCAUCUACGAGACAGUUUCCUAUUAUCUUUCGCGAAGACGGGGACGUUGUUUAUCCUACGUUCUCCUAUCCUCGCAGAAAAUCUAUCAUUCCUAUCUGGCUCGAUGCACUCCUAGCCAUAUUAAUACCUACGCUUUUCUUUAUUAUCGCUCAGAUACGAGUUCGGUCGUUUUAUGACUUUAAUACUGCGUUCUGGGGGGUUAUCUGGGCCAUUGCGUCUACCACAUUAUUCCAAGUCUUCAUCAAAACUUUGAUUGGGGGGUUUCGGCCUCACUUCCUCUCAGUUUGUAACCCUGAUCUCUCGAGAAUUGGAUCGGGAACCGGCUUCCAAGGAAUCAUGUAUGAUAUCUCUAUAUGUUCACCCGAUGCCAACAAAGCGCACCUGCGUGAUGCUACCAAAUCUUUCCCCAGUGGACACACAACCGCAGCUGCCGCAGGUUAUGUCUAUUUGAGCCUUUAUUUCAACGCCAAGAUGAAGAUCUUCUCGAAUGAACGACCUCACUUCUAUAAGCUACUCGUCUUUCUCGCCCCUUUACUCGGAGCUUGCCUUAUCGGAGGAGUUCUAACAGUUGACAAUUCACAUCAUUGGUACGAUGUAAUUGCUGGAGCUAUCAUAGGUACGAUAGGCGCACUUUCUGCGUUCCGCAUGUCAUACGCUUCCAUUUGGGACUAUCGCUUCAACCACAUACCUUUACCACGACCCAAGUCGGCAUGGUCGCCAUUCGGAACACAUGAUGGAUACGCGAGCGGGUCGGCCAUUAAUACGGAGCCCAAGACAACUACUCCAGAGAACUUCUCGUACGCGACCGGGGUGCCUACUUUCCCGUCUUUCGCACAUCCACGAGAGUGGUGUCCUGCUGGAGCACCGGGAGACGCAUGGUCUCGAAAUGAAUUAAUCAAUGCGGAUGCCAAUUUCCAACGCCAGGCUCAUUACGGAGCAUAA